AUGGGGCUGUUAGAAGGGGACCCUGACUGCAUCCAGCUUCCAGAGACAGAAGACAAAAAGCAAAGUGUGCCCACCCGGAAGAAGCUGUCUCCCUAUGGUUCCAGCUGCACCGCCCUGCCCUACCACCACCUAGGUCAGCACUCGGGCAGUGCCCAGGGCCUUGGUACAAGGAAGCAAGGGAUACCAUUUCCCUGUUAUCCUUGGGUGCCCGGGCUCUUCAGGUACCUCACUAUCAGCAAUGGAGAAGCUCAGGGAAACUGGCCUGGCAAUGACUUUAGCCCUCUGCCCCAAACCAACCCUCACCUCGCACCGGUCGGGGGUCCUCACGCCAGGCCGGAGCUGGACGCCAUAACCAGGUCAGGGUCGUUGGGUGGACUGGGAUCCUCCAGCAGGACGGUGGAGAGACGGAGAAGGCGAGCAGGCGGUGGUCUUUUUGAUCCUGGAUACCUUGAUCUUAAUACCAGCCCGGCCCGCGAGCAGGUAUCCGGGAGGCGCUGGUUGCCUGGGUUCCUGCCUCCCAACCACGGAGCAUGGUCCCGGGCGCCGGCAGCAGCAGGAGAGCUAGCGCACCGCCGUGCCGGGGCUCCCAGCUGGGGUCUCGGCCCAAACCUCCCGGCUCCGGCUGCUGCCGCUCCUGCUCCUCCUCCUCCCUUCCUUCCUUCCUUCCUUCCUUCGCCUCCUCCUUUCACUUUCCCCGAGGCCCGCGGGGACGGCGGGCGCGGGGCGGGGAGGGGGCUGUCUAGGCGCUUAUUGUUGGUCGGCUGCCGAGGGUCCAGAUCGCAGCCCCCGGGCGGCGCGGCGCCAGGGGACCCAGGCGUGCGGGCGUCCGGCCGGCUGGCUCCGGGCGGCGGCGGUGCUGCAGCGGCCCCGGAUCCGGGGCAUGUCCGGCCACUGGCUCCGCCGCGCGCCGCCGCCUCCCCGGGAUCCCCUGCGCUGCCGGAGCCUCGCUCGCCCCUCCACUCGGCUCCUCUCCCCAGCCUGAAUAAGCAUCGGGGCUCUCUGGCUGCCUCCUUCUGCCUUCAUACCAGAGCCGGGAGAGGCCCCUGUCAAAAUAAGAGCUCCCCCAUCUCUCCCGACUCCUCGCCCAACCCGGCUCCCCCGGCCUCCCAGUGGUCUGACUCGAUUCCUGAGGACUCAGAUCAUAACUUCCAGUCUCUGUGUUCCUUGCACGAGUGACUCAGGUGUUGGCCAGGUUCACAGCAGGGCUUCAGUGAAUGUUGACUGCAUGAGUGGAGCUGAGCACUAAGCAAGUCUGGGAGGUCCAGAGCUGGGCAGGGGCAUAAGCCCUGAAUGAAGAAGACCUCAUCGUGACAGGAAAUGAAGACCGGAAGAUCAGGACUUCAAGAUCUUCAGCUACAUAUGGAACCUGAGCUCAAACUUGGCAAACAUGAGUAUCUAAAAUAAAAUAGUUAAAAAGCCCUGAAA